ACCGCGUCAUCUUGCCGCGAGGUCACCAUCCCCGUCACUGUCAGCGUGCCGCGCUUCAUCAUUAACACCACCAUCGCGAACAACUGGGAUGCGGUGGCGCUUGCGUUUAACCUGACCGAGCGCGACGUCAAUACUACCGCGGACCCUCUUCCCAUCUCCGGCAAGACGUCUGGGCCGGUCAACAGCACGUACCAGAUCGGCGCCACCCUCUGCGGCUCCGGAGGCCCGACUUUGGUCCUCACCCACGGCAUUAUCGAAUCCAAGCUUUACUGGCAGUCGAACUUCCAGGGCGGGCUCAAGUAUAGCUUUGUCGACGCUGCGGUCGCCCAGGGAUACUCGGUUCUCAGCUACGAUCGCAUUGGCGUCGCGUCGUCGGCGGGCACAGUCGAUCCCCUCACGGACGCUCAGUUCCAAGUUGAGACGGCUGUGCUGAGCGCACUUACCCAGUACGCGCGCAAGACGAUGGGCGCGACGCACGUCGGGCUAGUCGGCCACAGUUACGGGUCAUACAUCUCUGUUGCGGCCGCGUCCGACGUGGAGGCGAGCGGUGCCAUCGACGCGGUGGCCCUCACGGGCUUCAGCGGUACGGUCCAAUACUUCGCGCCGUUCGUCGCUGGGGCGGCGCUGCGGGUGGCUAGUACGCUCAACCCCGCGCGCUGGGGCCACCUGGCGUCCUCCUACCUCAUGUCCGCGGACCGCUUCGCGCUCGCCUACGUCUACUUCGCGGGAGACUUCAACCGCACCGUCGCCGACUGGACCUAUGACGUCGAGGCCGAGCCCUUCGCGCUCGGCGAGCUCCCCUCGCUGCUCGACACUCCGAUCGCCUUUGACAAGGUCGCCGCGCCGGUGUUGGUUCUCCAGGGCCGCUACGAUGUCUCCGCGUGUGGUGGCGACUGCGUUGGUCUGCUCAACGCGACGGCGGCGCUUUUCACGGGCUCGAAGGGUGUUCAGACCGUCGACGAUCUGCCCGCUGGG